AUGCUCACGGGACCUGAUACAGCCGCCGAUGAAGACGCGGGUGCCAUGGUAGCAGAAGUCCGGGGCCGAAAUGCCCCUAAUUUCAGGCAGGAAAAAGCCACCCGGGAGUCCCAGAAGGGAAAGAUGGGGACACCUCACCUCGUCACGGUCCAUCUUCCCGGGAUAGGGAUGAGACCCUUCCAUCCAGCGAAGAAAAAUAUGAUGGUCACACGGCAAUCCCACGGAUCCGCUUCUGGUGGCCGAUCAGAUUGCUUGCUCUACAUCUGGUUUAGACCCAUUAACCACAUCGUGGGAAGCAGGGACCAUCAAUUGGCCAAUAGGAUUGCGUGGACCUGUGAUAAGCUUGCUGUCGCAAAAUACUAUGCCACCGUCUCAACUGAAAAGGCCCUAUCUCCAAUGUAG